AUGGCCGAACGCACAGGCACAGGCGCCAUGUCAUGGACGCCUGAAUCGACCAUGCACACGCGUGCACUUAUCGACGUGCGCCAGCCCAUGGGUAGCAUGAGCCUGAGUCCUUCCAAUCAAGAGGUCGUCUUGGGCUCAAAAAUGGGUCUCUAUGUCAUUCAGCUGGAGCACUUGUAUACACCCCCGCGCUACUUUGCGCAUGCCACUGCGUGGGAAUCCAAUCAGAAACUCGUGAUCUGGAAUCUCAACCGCCCGUCCUCGGCAUCGGUGGGCACGGAGGAGAUACGACCUGCGUCUCAUAUGCGCAUGCAAGCACAGAGGGAUGUGGUGCACUCCUUUUACACCGGUUCUUCAUCGAGUGCUUUUGCGCACAGACCGGGGAUGACGACGUCGCACACACUCUCUAUGGACGGCUCGGCUAUGCGCAUCCCCGCGCAGCACCGGACCGGCCUGGGUCCGCCGUCCAGCACGGCGGUUGAGCAUCUUCUUGAUGCGCAUACGCGUGCAAUCACAGAUAUCAACUGGUCGCCGUUCCAUCCAGAACUGCUGGCGAGCUGCAGCGUCGAUACCUGGACAUGGGUGUGGGAUCUGCGUAUGGCAGGGCGGGGUUCAACGCGCCCCGCCCAAGGUUUCAGUUCAUGGAAUGCCAGCAUGACGCAAGUCAAGUGGAACCGUACCUCGCUUCAUCGUAUCGCAGCCUCGUGUGACAACAAAGUGCUUGUAUGGGAUGACCGUUUCGGAGCGCUACCGUGGGCCACGCUCGAGACCCACCACAGCAAGGUUUAUGGCCUGGAUUGGAGCCCCGACCGGGAGAAAGGGCGUGACCAGCUCAUGACAUGUUCGCUCGACGGCACGAUCAAGUACUGGGACCUCGACUCUGAGUCGUCACGUACAGCCUUAUCAAACCAUGCACGCAUCACAGAGCCCAUGUACACUGUCGAGACACCCCAGCCCGUAUGGCGUGCGCGUCAUUUACCCUUUGGUCUCGGCGCCAUGUCCGUGGCACAGCGCGGCGAUACUGCGCCGUGCAUGUGGAAGUAUGGCGUAGACGAACCGGUGCAUCGUUUCGUUGGCCAUACAGACGUUGUCAAGGAAUUCCUAUUCCGAGCCAAGGGUGGCGCCGACUCAUCACACGAUGAUCGCGAGUUCCAGCUGAUCACCUGGAGCAAAGACCAGACGUUGCGACUUUGGCCCAUCACUGAAGAAAUGCUUCGCUCCGUGGGCCACGUUCAUGGCGCACCUAUGAAGCAGUUCGUCGUUGGCAGCGACGACACGGCAUUGCCUCCGAAUGCCAUACGGUCCCGUACGAUACCCGCCAUGACCGCUGCUGACGGCGUCGACGCAGGCUCCCCGAGCACUGUAUCCAGUGACUCCCAACUAUUCACUCGCCCUUCGUCGAUCCGCUCCCUGCCUCUCCAAGUGGGCAGUGCCUCUAGCGUUGAAGAAGUGUUGCCGCGCUCCCUGCCUACACGGGGUGUACAAAUUUGUCAGGGAAUACGACCGCGAACGACGCCCAAACGCCUGAGCCGAAAGGCCACAGGGCCCCAGAUGCGAUACACACAUGAAGAUAACAAUCUGCUUGCACCUGAUGCCGUUGAAUGGAUGGCUCACAUUCGCAUGGGCGAGCUCUGCGACGAUGACGAUAACGAUGACGACACCACACCAAGCUCGCAGUCAGAGGUUGAUGCAACUGUUCUUCCUCACGAGAUCCUGCGUGUGAACAGUCGCUUUCCCGGUCUUCUCGAGUCUAUUGACAUUGCAUGGCGACGUUGUACUGUCGCACUCAGUGGUCCAUGGCAUGAGCAGGGCGAUGGCGCGCUUGCCUACUUGCGCGUCAUGUUUACCUUCCCUCCUAACUAUCCCAUGGAGCCGCCGACCAUCGACAUCGAGCGGAAUGCCACUAUCCCGUUCAAGACUCGUGCCGAUAUCUAUCGUGGUCUGACGAACAUUCUCGAGGCCAAGGCAUCCGAACGCGUUCUCAGCCUAGAGACGUGCAUCGAGUACCUAUUGCACGGCCAAUCUCCUGACACCGGUUCAAGUUCCAGAGACGUACGACAGGGGUUCCAAGUGCUUCCCGAGUCGCAAGAGCAAACAUUUGCGCAUACGUACAAUCAUGUGGCUGACGCGGUCGUACAGCUUUUGCUGCGCUCGUCCGAUACCUUGCACACCUCGUUGGUCGAUUCUGAUGUCGUCCAGUUGAUGAGUUUGAAUCCCUUGAGCCGCGCCAAAAUCGCGACGAAGACCCCUCCCCCCCACACAUCAUAG